GACUAACGACUUUCAAAUUAAAACCGCCAAGACAGACGAUUUGGUUUCUAACUGUUGUUUAAUUUAUGUUUAACUGUUUAUAUUUUUUCGUACAAUGCCAAUAAUUGAUUUGUUAUGGUUUGCUUCAAAGGAAACAAAUAAUUUGCUUAAUUAAGUUGUACAAGAAGUGAUACAUCAAUAAUGCGUCAAUUGUCUCUUAUUGUACAUCCAUUUAAUAAACAUGUCUGAUUGGUCAUCGUCUGAACUUUAACUUGGCCAUUUUUGGGAUGUGUUUUCGUCUGAGCUUGAUGGGUACCAUCAAUACACAAUCAAUGGUGAUUCAAUAAUGGCUGAACAAAAAGUCUCAUCGGAAGUCUGCUUUAUUUGCCAAUAUGGUGCAUGUAGGCAAAAUCAUCUUGAUGAUGUUUCCGUCAGAAUGAUCAAGAAGCACGUUGAUUGUAAUUGGAGGAUAACCUGUAACAGAGAAACAUAAAUUAAAGGCUGAACAAAAUUCGUGAAAUGGCAAAUAGUGAAUAUUAAUAAUGAAGUUACAAGAAUAAAGACGAGUAAAGAAGAUUCAAGUACUGAUAAAGCCAUGUGGAUUAAAGAUGUUCAAAUUAUUAUGAAAGUGGGAAGAUUUAUGUACACGAUUAUGAAAACGGUAAGCGUAAGAGGGAAAGAUUGAGUAGAAAGAAGAAAAAGCAUUAAAAUGCAACCAGAAUGAAGAAUAGAAUUGAUACUUGAUUAAAUAGUGAAAAGUGAGUAAAAAGUAAAGGUGAGAUACCGAGCUGGUGGAUCAAGUAAUAAAUGUAAGAAGCAAAGAUGAUGAAGAUGAUGAAGAUGAUGAAGAUGUUGAUGAGAUAAAGAGGAAAAGGUUUGAUGAGUUAAAAAGUGAGAAUGGUGAAAGGGGUGAGAUAAAAUAAUGUUGAUGAUGAGAAAGAUUGAAAAAUAAGGUAGACAAAAGCCUGAAGAAGAAGUGGAAAGAGAAAUGAUUGUUUAAACAGACCAUUUUAAGAACCUGUCUCGAAAUAGGCCGAAAAUAUGCUGUGUUUCAUAGAAAGAGAGAGAAAAAGAAAGAGAAAGAGAGGCGGUCAUAAGAGGUUAAACAUGAUUGAAAUGGAAAGAGAAUCGGAUGGGCCAGUCCUGCUUUCUCUUCUUUAACAUUUUAAUCUUUCCUGGCUUUCCUUAUCCUCAUCCUUCGAACCUAAAUUGUUCACCAGAUUAUGUUGGAAGAAUCAAAAAGUUCGGACUCACACUCGUGCUCACAGGGGAGCCAACAAUUUAUAAAGAUAACUGUUCAUCUAAUUCGAGUUUCUGUCAUAUCAAAGUCGAUUCUCAUUGUGUUAACUUAGUUUAUUCAUGUUUUUCUCUUCUUGAUUCAUCUUAAUCAUCCUCAAUAGUUACUAUUACUUUCAUUUAUUACCUUCUGCCUGCAGGUUCAGGCAAAACUUUUUCUGUGCUGCAAAUUAUUUCAUUGAUUUUGUAAAUGUGAUUAUCUUAUCCAUUUAGCAGUUUCUUCAUUCUUUGAUCUGAUCUCAACAUUUUCAUUUGAUUUUUUUUGUGUUAUCUUGUGUUCUUACACCUAAAGUAUUUUUUCAUAUCAUCAUGAGUUUAACGUAUCAAGCUCGUACAAUUAGUAUAUUUUUUUUAACCCUGGUGGUUCUUCAAUUGUGCCUGGUAACAUUCUAUGGGACCGAAGUAGAUGCCGGUAAAAAGAAGAAGCUCAAGAAAUUGGCUGCUCUUUUAUUGCUUCUCAAAGGAUCUAAGAAACCAAAAUUCGGAAUAUUGCCAAUUCCCCUACCAAUUCCUAUUCCAGUUGUUAUUGAUUUAAUGAAAAAAGCUGGUGGAAAAGGAAUGAUGGGUCACAUGAUGGGUAUGAUGAUGGGAGGUCACGGUGGCGGCGGCGGUGGCGGCGGUCACGGCGGUGGAAUGUCCGGUGGUGGCGGAUAUGGUGGAAUGGGAAUGAGCAUGGGCGGUGGCGGAGGCUACGGUGGAAUGAGUAUGGGUGGUGGAAUGUCCGGUUGGGGCGGCGGAAUGGAUAUGAUGGAUAUGGGAGGUUAUGGUGAUAUGAGCAUGAUGAGCAUGGACGAUGAUGGAUGGGGAGGUAUGAUGAGCAUGAUGGAUGGAGGCUAUGGAGGAAGCUCUGGUGGCGGUGGUGGCUACGGAGGAAGCUCUGGAGGAGGCUAUGGAGGUAGCUCCGGUGGUGGUUAUGGAGAAAGCUCUGGAGGUUAUGGUGGAAGCUCCGGAGGAGGUUAUGGUGGCUCCGGAGGAAGUGGUGGUUAUGGUGGAGCUAGUGGUGGCGAUAGCUACGGAGGUGGAAACUCCGGUGGUGGAGGAUAUGGCGGUGGUAACUCUGGUGGCUACGGUGGUGCAGCUGGAGGCGGCGCUGGUGGUGCCGGAGGCUACGGUGGAAUGAGUGGUGGUAGUGAUGGUGGAUGGGGAAUGGGAGGAGGUUAUGGUGGAGGCCGAGAUUAAUUUAGUAAAAACCAUAAUCAUUAUCACCAACAAAAUUCCUCAUUUUCAUUAAAGCCAUUGUGUUUUUAAUGGUUUUGUCAAAGAUACUGAAUAAGAAGUUUUAUUUUGAUUGUCACUGGUUGUAACCGUCAACAAGUUCAGUUUACUCUGAAAUGUGCGAACUGAUAAUAGAAAAUAUUGAGUAUCUUGAGACCAUCAUCUAAAACAAAUUAAACCUUGUAUAAAUCUUUCACUUUUUGUAAUCACUAUUGCUAUUUUGUACGUUGUUUUUCAAGAAUCUCAUAAUAAAUUGUUUUAUUUGAA